CUGACGACUAUCCCGGCGCUUUGGAAUACCAUAUGACACUACAUCAUGAGUGACAGUAAAUGUGAUAGUCAGUUUUACAGCGUGCAAGUGGCAGACUCAACGUUCACAGUCUUAAAACGCUACCAGCAGUUGAAACCAAUUGGCUCUGGAGCGCAAGGGAUUGUUUGUGCUGCUUUUGAUACAGUUCUUGGGAUAAAUGUUGCAGUCAAGAAACUAAGCCGGCCUUUUCAGAAUCAAACCCAUGCAAAGAGAGCUUACCGUGAACUUGUCCUCUUAAAAUGUGUCAAUCAUAAAAAUAUAAUUAGUUUGUUAAAUGUGUUUACACAACAAAAAACUCUAGAGGAAUUUCAAGAUGUAUAUCUGGUUAUGGAAUUAAUGGAUGCUAACUUAUGUCAAGUUAUUCAUAUGGAGUUGGACCAUGAACGAAUGUCCUACCUUCUGUACCAGAUGCUUUGUGGUAUUAAACAUCUGCACUCAGCUGGCAUUAUUCAUAGAGAUUUAAAACCCAGCAACAUCGUAGUAAAAUCAGACUGUACCCUUAAGAUCCUUGACUUUGGACUGGCCCGGACAGCUUGCACCAACUUCAUGAUGACUCCUUAUGUGGUAACGCGGUAUUAUCGAGCCCCAGAAGUCAUCCUGGGCAUGGGGUACAAAGAGAAUGUGGACAUCUGGUCUGUCGGGUGCAUCAUGGCAGAAAUGGUCCUCCAUAAAGUCCUGUUCCCAGGAAGAGACUAUUGCUGUAAACUGAAGGGUAAAAAUAGAGUUGAUAUCUGGUCAGUGGGUUGCAUCAUGGGAGAACUGGUGAAAGGUUGUGUGAUAUUCCAAGGCACUGAUCAUAUUGAUCAAUGGAAUAAAGUUAUUGAACAGCUAGGAACACCAUCAGCAGAUUUCAUGAAGAAACUUCAGCCAACUGUGAGGAAUUAUGUGGAAAACAGACCAAAGUACCCUGGAAUCAAAUUUGAAGAACUCUUUCCUGAUUGGAUAUUUCCAUCGGAAUCUGAACGAGAUAAAAUAAAAACAAGCCAAGCCAGAGAUUUACUGUCAAAAAUGUUAGUGAUUGAUCCAGAUAAACGAAUCUCUGUAGAUGAAGCAUUACGUCACCCGUAUAUCACUGUGUGGUAUGACCCUGCUGAGGCAGAAGCACCACCACCUCAGAUUUACGAUGCACAAUUGGAAGAAAGAGAACAUGCCAUAGAAGAAUGGAAAGAGCUAAUUUACAAAGAAGUAAUGGAUUGGGAAGAAAGAAGCAAGAAUGGUGUUGUAAAAGACCAGUCUUCAGAUGCAGCAGUAAGUAGCAACGCCACUCCUUCUCAGUCAUCCUCUGUCAACGACAUUUCAUCCAUGUCCACUGAGCAGACAUUGGCCUCAGACACCGACAGCAGCCUCGAUGCCUCGACGGGACCCCUGGAAGGUUGUCGAUGAUCAGCGAUGAUCAGCAGCAGACUCAUCGUCAGUGAAGGGACUCUCACUUACGUGGGCCUGCAGGGCUUGGAAGUUGAUGGAACCAAAUAGAGAAGCUCCAUGUUCUGCAUGUAAGAAACACAAUGCCUUGCCCUUACUCAGUUCUCCUAGGAUGGCCUGCUUAGAUUAUAAAACGAGGCAGAUUAUGUCUGAAGAAAAACACGCAAGCCACACCUUUAGAGAUUUUGUUCAAGGUCAUUUCAGGUGAGCAAUUAGAAUAGAUGAAAAAAAAUUGCCAUUAUUUGGUGAUAGUUGUGACAAUUUCUCAUCAUCACUCUCUGUGUAGAUUUCAGUGCAUGUGACCACAGAUGCGUGCUUGGUCUUGCCCAUCCAGCACUCUGAAACUCAGUAUUUAUGCCAAAAAAUUCCUCCAGGUAAUACUGCUUCUAGAUUUCCCUCUUAAUCCUCUCAAGUAAUUUUGUGUCUGUCCAGAAGAAAAAAAACUAGAUCUAUGUGUAUUAAUUGGCCAUCAUCAUAUUAUCACACCUUACCCUCUUUUGUGGUGUCAUCAUGGACUCUUGUAUUUCUGAUGAAAAGGAAUAUCUAUUCAAUAAAUGAUAUCUAACUUUUCUUUAAUUUGUGAUGUUUUGGGCUGAGAAUUGGCUAAAACUAAGACACUUACACUCUUUCUUUCUCUAGAGUAUCUUGAACUGACAUGAUUUGUCAAUUUAGCAUUACUGCAUGAUAGAAUUUAAGUUUUGAUUUGUACUGCAGAAGACAAGCACACCUUCCAAAUCUUAUGCACCUUCCCUCUUAUUUCUUAUUCUUCAGGGCUUAUUAUUAAUUUAAAGUACUGCCUAGAACUUUACCUUCUUUAUUAGGCAUAUAACACUCCUUAUCUCGAUAUAAUGAUGGCAAAUAGAUCCUUGAGCCCAUCACCUGAUGCUAAAGUAGAAUUUCGCAGAAUAAUUG